GUCAUGCUGGGGAAGGUCGAUUCCACGAGGCGCCAGGGGCCUAGACUAAGCGGUGCUGUCUUUACUGUUUCUAUUUCAAAGUACGUGGCCAAGGCUGGUAGACACACGAUUUCGCUGGGUGACUUGUUCGAGACGAGUGGGCUCCUGGGCAGCGAAGACUCGGAGAUUUAG